CUCGAGGAAACGUUGUGGGGGAGAUCUGCGAAAAAUCCUACCCGGCAUCCGUAGUUUCGUGACGUUGCAGCAAACAUGGCGGCCUAAUUCGAAUAAACGGAUUUACUGCACGAAAACAACAAAAGCGUUUGCAAAAAAAAACCCUGAACAAACAUUGAAAAAGAGUAUCAUCUGUGCUCAUCGGAGCCACGAAGCAUCAUCGGAACAGUUCUUACGACAAUUAUGAGCAGACGUUGCGCCGUUACCGUUCUGAUAUGGAACAAUGUCCGAACCUCCUGCAGGCACAUCUGAGUUCAGUGAACUGUGGAGGAGUGUUUCCAAACUUUGUCACAGCAAAACACAGGAGAUGAAAACAGGAACGAGGAUGCCUGCCGAUAAACAAUCACCCCUGCGUAAAGAUUUGCAGAGUCCGCAGCGCAAAGGAUACAGCAAAUUUCCCAUCUUGAAUAAUGGGGACUCUCCAGGUGAUGUGGAACCAACGCAGGACAUUUUCUGGGAUCCUACAUCUCCCACCCCAGCUAAUACAGGGCCCAGGAAUAACAGGGUUGUGGAAAUCUCAGAUAUAGUGAACCGGAUUGCUCCAAAGGAUGUGAAACGGAAGGGGACUGAUUCUCCUCUGCUGCAGUGGAUAGGUGACAGUGCUGUCCCUUGUACACCAGAUGUUCCAAAGCCAAGAAUGAGGAAGAGAUCAUCCAGGCAGAGCAGUGUGGAGGACCUUAUGAAACUGGCCCGGCAGUUUGACAAGAACAUGCAACAAGACAGGGAGACUUCAGAGCGGUUUAACGCAGUGAACAAUAACAUGAACGUAUCUGUGAACACCUCAAAAGCAAAAAUGACUGAGACUUCAUUCUCUACUAAUGUGAAGGAUUCAAAGUGUCUGUCCUCAUCAGAUCAAGUGGAGGCAGAGCUGCAUGCUCUGUUUGACUGUUCCACUCAGAAGGUCAGUGGCAGACUAAGCCAGGGCUCCUCAGCGUCAGCUUGCUCACAGGAAGUAACAGGAAAACAACUUGUGACUUCAACUUUAGCUGAACCUCGACAAUCAGAGGCAAAGUCCUCUGACAAGCCUGACCCAGCUGCACAACCUACUGGUGUUAGUGAUGCCUUUGAUGACGACUGGGAAAAUGAUGACCUACUGAAUGACUCUUUUGUUCUGGCGAUUACCCAGAAUCCUGACAAACUACUGGACACCAGCCCUAAAACCACCUUGAAGUCUAACACUAAAACAAACACUACUCAGUUUACCUCUGUUUGCAAUUCUACUGAAGCUACACACUCUGGACAUCAGCCUCCCAACGUGUACUCCAAGCCAAGCUACAGUGCACUCCAGGAACUGUGUCCCAAACCAAAGACUACCAACAGAAGCACUUUCAAAUUAGAGCCCAAUCCUCACUUCCAGCCAAAGAUGGCUGCCAAGGAAGAUUCCAAAUCCAACUUCACUGCUAUACAGUCUAAAUCAAAGAUGUCUAACAAGAAUUCUGCUGCGUCAAAGGCACCAACGAUUCCCCAGCCCACCAAUGAUCUCAAGACCUGUCCUGUCACAAGCUCUGUUAAAGACAUUUCAGACAGCUUAUGGGAUGACAGGGAUGAUGAUGCGCUGCUCUUUCAGAUAUGUGACAACGUGGAAAAGAUCUCCAACAGUCAGCCACCGCAAGGCAGCCAAAGCAUCCGCCAAGAGAAACAAGAUACCAGUCUAGACGGACAGCGAAAAACCACGGCACCACUGCCAAUCCACACAACCUGUACCACAAACACAGGUGCUAGAGCCUAUAAAAAGUCUCCAGGUUCUUUUGUACGUUCUAAUUCAUUACCAGGGACUAGCUGUCAAGCUGGGAACUACCAAGGAUGGAACGUUCCCAUGAAAGGUGUCAACAGCAAAUCAGGGAUGUCACAGAGCGUCCCAGGAAGUCGCAUGAGUCUGGGCACAUUUAGUAACUCUGGGAAUGUUAAUCAGGACAUGACGCCACGCACAGUGACAGCCAGGGAAACGCAGAACUCCAGAUCCUGUCACACUGCCUUCAAGAGAAAUGUGUCAGACUCUGCUGUGAUACGCAGUAAAGUUUUCAUCACAAGUCAGAUGACAGGGAAGUGCUCUGACGCUGAGAUCGAGAGGAAGAAACAGGACGCCUUGGCCAGGAGGAGACAGCGGAUGCAGAGCACUCAGAAACCCUAGGGGAGCUCCGUCCUACCUCUGAAGGGAUUAUUUUUUUUAACUGUUGUUUUGGCUAACUAGCUUGACUGCACAGAGAGGACGCUGUGUCUGAGAGGAACAAGUGAAUGUCUGUUGCAAGAGCUGCUGGAUCCUUUUUGCUGCUAGUGUAACAAAUGUGAAAAGAUACGAAGAGAUUUUUGAAAACUUGAUUUUUUUAUUACAAAGAGAAAGUUAACAUUCAUCAGGUUUGAAAUAGUUUCAAAUGCUGACUAACACAUUUUCCUGUCGUCAUUUCAGCUCCAUUUUGUACUGAAAUAGGUUUAUUGUUGUUGUUUUUGUUUAGUUUGACAGUAAAUAAUUCUAUCUCAAUUUCACUUUCUCUCAUUGCAAUGACACUGGCAUUAAAACACUAUGUGUUUUUGAUGCGCCCAUCAGAAAUAUGUAUCUAACACAAACAGUAAAAGCUGUUUUCUGUACUUGGUUUUAAAGUCUGAUUAUGUGCCUAUUAUGUCCAUUGAUGCACACUUAAAACUUUUAGGCAUUUCUAUGUAUGAAAAGGACAUUUCUUUAGUGGAAGUAAAUUGAGGUUUUGAAGUAUUAAUUUCAUACAUGAGAAAAUGUCUGUUUUAUAGAAGAUAAUUAGAACGCCUAGAUUCAGUAGAUUCAAUCCUUUUUUUUCUUUGUUCUUUUUGUUGUAUUUUGUUCGUGAGUGUCAUCGUUUUUAUAUUUUCACAUAUUCACAUAUUUUUGCACACAUCAGAAUCAAGUGUUAAAACUAUAAAGAAAGUGUCAUGGCCUCUCUUUGUGGGCAACAUUUAUUGCAGUAGCCAUGCUAUGCACCUUUUAAAAGUUGUUCAGCAACAGUAAAAUCACAACCAUGGAAGUAUUUUCAAAGCCCAUGGUGUUCAAAUGAGGAAGAUGCUUUGCUUCAAUUUCCUGGAAGCUUUGUUAAGCUGUGUUGAAGGUAAAAAAAAAAAGAAAAAGUGACCUUUUUUUUUUCUAUCUCGUGCCUUAGUGUCUGAUUUGACUCCAGGCUGUGACUGAACAGAAACAUGACUGACAUGGCAUUCUCCUUAUUUAUCUUUCAUGAUGUAUCUGCCUUAAAUCAACACAAAUAAAUAUCACAUUUGGCUACUAAAA